UCAAAUUUUUAGGUUAAAAUCAAUGUGCUCAUGUUUGCAAAUAACAAAAAGUUUUCCGUUUUGAUUCACGUAAAUAUUUGCUUGUGUGAACUUUCGUGCUAACAUUAUCAAAAAUUACAUUUCACUUUCAACAUGGCGAAGAGUUUAAGAAGUAAAUGGAAGAGAAAAAUGCGUCAAGUUAAACGCGAAAGAUAUGGCAAAAAAGAGCUGGAAAGAUUGAAGAAAACUCUAGGUAUUGAAGAUACUCAAGGACAAGGAGCAUCAAAUACUGUUGAUGUUAAUAUGUCCGAAUUGUCAGAGGUUAUUAAUUUUACUACAGCUGAAGAAAUAAAGAAAAAGAAUCAAGAGAAUCAAAACGAAAGAGAUGUAAUGGAUCAGAGUACAGUAGAUGAUUUGAAAAAAUUUAAUUCUAAAACCUUGAUGAACGACAACGGGGCUUAUCCAAUUUGGGUACACCCACGUAAGAUUAGGAAAUGUAAAAAAUCGAAUAAAGAUAAACGGAAAAGUAAGAAAACCAACAAAGGCAGAAUUAUUAAGAAAAUAAAGAAAGGAAUAAUCGAGAAAACUAUUACAAAAUCUUAAGUUUGUAGAUUCUAAUGAUGUGUUAAUAUUUUAUAUUAGUUCAAUAAAUAGAAAAUUCAAACUAUGA